UACGUCGAUUAUAUUCGUUAUAUCGAUUUGAUGUGGUGGUGAUACACAAUGAAUCAAGUUGAGCAUUUGUCAGACCGAGUUGAAGCUGUUCAACUUGACAGAAGGAGAAAAAUGGAGUUACAACGCAGGGAGAGGGUCUUCAAUGACACAUUCCGCACGAUUGGAGUUGACAAGGAUGCUCUCGACCACCAAGUUAAAGAACGAAGAGAGAAAGAACAACGCCAAGCGAAUGAACUGAAAGUCUAUACUGAUGAGCUGCUGUGCAGUGAUCGUGCAGCCUGUAUCCUGAAGCAGCGUCAGAAGAAAGAUGAGCACCUGCUGAAUGAAGCCAUUGUGCAAUUCAGACAACAGUUUCAACAACCUGCUAGCCGGCGUGAGUUUGAUCUGAAUGAUCCAGAGCUGCUGAAGAAGCAGGAAGGGGUGCGGAUCCUGCCGGGGCUGGCUGGAGAAGAUCUGGCCCAGAAGGACAGGCUGAGGAAGCAGCAGGAGCAGCUCAGAGCAUGGUCCCUACAACAGCGAGACGAACUAGAGCGAGCAAAACACGGGUUACAACAAGAGAUGCACCAAUAUGCUCAAAGCAGUCUGGCUCUGGACACCCGAGCUCUUGAAUUGCAGAAGAUGGAGGAACAAAGCAAGAGAGCUGCAGCCAUCACCGCCAAAGACUUUAACCUUGCACUGGCUGCAGAAAUCACACACCGACAUCUACAAGAGCAUCAUGAAGAGGAGGAAAACAACCAGACGGACAUCCUGAACCAGCUAAAUGGAGACCUGCUGAUGGAAAACCCUGAGCAGAAUAUUAGCGUGCUGGGUCUGUCUCGCCUGCGCAGGGACUGUUACAAGGGAAUGAGUCCUAAAGAGCUCCAGCAGUACACGCAAUACCAGCUGCAGCAAGCAGAAGAUGUAAAGCGUGCCGUCAUGGAGCAACGAGAGAAGGAGCUACAGGAGCAUCAUGAGCGCAUGACAUCUGCCCGUGCUGCAUUGCUGCUAGAAAGACAGCAAGCACGUAUUAAUAAGGAGCUGCGCAGGGCAAUGGACAACACCAAUGCACAGCUGGCCCAGGCCCAUGACGCUCAGAAUAACCAUCUACAGGAUGUGUACAGCAACAUUCCCGAUGAGCGCUAUUUUUCCCAGUUUAAUACCAGCAGUAGAUAAACAUUACAGCUGGAACCUGAAAGAUGAAGACCAUCAGGGCUCGCUAAUCGAGGACAAUACACUAUAUCAUUUUACAGUAAACACCUAAGCUUUAAAUAGACCGGGGACUCCACUUGAAGUGUUUCGGAAAGCUGCACAAUUUUUAAUAGGUCAGUAAAGAUGGCAGAUGGAGUUGUAACACUUGUUUUUUUAAAACAUUCAUGUUGUAAACAAAAAUGAGCUGCAUAUUCAUAAACAACUGAAAUCAGGUAACUCAAGGCAGCCUGCAGAGGUUGUUAAAGUAAAAAUGUACUUUUAAAAACUUAAAAGGAAUAGGUCACCCAAAAAAGAAUAUUUGCUGAAAAUUUGGAUGAGUUUGUUUCUUCAAUGAAACAGGCUUGGUUUAGCAUUAAAUCACCUCCUUACUAAUGGGUCCUCUGCAGUGAAUGGGUGCCACUGGAAUGAAGCGUCCAAACAGCUGAUAAAUACGUCUCCAGUCUCCACAUGACUCCAGUCCAUCAAUUAACUUCUUAUGAAGCAAAAAGCUGUGUUUGUAUGUAACAAAGCAGUCAUUAAGGAAUUUAACUUUAAAUAUUCAGCUUCUGGACAAAAUACAUAAUCCAUAAUAACACUUUUUCCAGUGGAAAGUCUAUUCCCUUUUGACCUCUCACAUCAAAAUCCACUGACAUAUUUGUUUAGUUGUUUAGGACUUUUUUCACUUGUAAGUGGUGCCUGAUCUGUUUGUAUUUCUCUCCUGAUUCAGACGAGACAUUUUCAGCAGAGAAAGCAAUAUUAUGGAUGAAGGAUUUUAGCUGGGAGCAAAAGUUUGCAGUUAGAAACAUGCAACUUUUUGCUUCACUGGAGUCUUGUGGAUUUCUUUUUGAUAACUGUGAUGUUUUUAUCAGCUGUCACAACUCUCAUUCUGACGGCACCCAAUCACUGCAGAGGAUCUAUUGGUGAUAAUAACUACUUUUUCAAAUAAAAUAAUUAACUGACA